AGUUAUCCAUGUAAGAGACUCUUCGUCACACAGUAGUAAGAAAUCCCUUUAUUCACAUGGUCACCCAAGAUGAUGUAAAUAUCCGAAGGGGAUGAAAAACGUGGGAAGGGCCGGUGGUUAUUACGUUGAGGCUGGUUUCUCCGGCGUUUCGCCAUUGGACCUGUGGCCCCUCCGCGCCCACGCUUUGCUUCUGGCCGGCGGCGUUCGCGUAAACUUUUUAAGGCUCUCCCCGCCUUUCCCUUUUUUUCUUUUCGUUGUGGCUUUUGCAAAGGCUGGUUGAGCCACUCCGUGCACGGAUGGCUCUCAGAGAAGGGGGGAUAGGACUGGUUGACAUAGUAACUCCGCUCUUUUUUCCCCCCUCCCUCGGUGGCCAUCCGGAGGCUCGGCGCGGAGGCGACGGCGCCGAAGCUGCCUGCCUGCACUAAGGGGCUGAGGUGGGAGGGCUGGAAGCGACCCCCGGCGAGGGAGAGACCCGUCAGGGCUCGCCCUUUGGUUUUCCCCAGGCAGAAGCGACCUUCUCCAGCCCUCUUUUAAAAUGGGGACGCUGCGCCACAGGUAGCCAGAGAACAGAAGGCGAGCGCUUCGAGCCAUUUUUUUUAAAAUAUUGCUUUUGAAGAACGCCGACCGAGCGCGCGCGAGUGCGUGUGUGUGUCUCUGUGGACACGGCGCGCGCGCCUGUUUUUUUUUUUUUUUUUGCGGGAGAGGGGUUCCCCAAGGGUGCCCCUUUUGGGGGGAGGCGAGGCUGGGAGCCUCCUGAAGAAGAGGGGAUUUUUUUCGGGGCACCCCCCCCAGAGGAAACGCCAUGAGUCACAACCAGCUCUACGCGCCGCGGGGGAACAACUCGCCGGUCGGCGGAGCCCCCAGGAACGACAGCCAGGACUAUUUGCUGAUGGAUUCCGAAGCGUGUGAAGAGAACUGCCUGGCGCCUUACGCUUACUACCCCAUUAGAGGUGCUGAGAACCGGCAUGGCUUUCGCCAACAGACUGUAGUUAGAGAGAAAGGCAGGAGAUCUGCUGUUCGAGGCCCAGCAUAUAUGUUUAAUGAUCAUUCAACCAGCCUUUCUAUUGAGGAAGAGCGUUUUUUGGAAGCAGCAGAGUAUGGCAAUAUCCCUGUAGUCCGUAAAAUGCUGGAGGAAUGUACUUCACUCAAUGUGAACUGUGUGGAUUACAUGGGCCAGAAUGCAUUACAACUGGCUGUAGCAAAUGAACAUCUGGAAAUCACAGAGCUGUUACUUAAGAGGCAAAAUUUGUCACGCGUUGGAGAUGCGCUACUCUUAGCCAUUAGCAAAGGCUACAUCCGAAUAGUUGAAGCCAUUUUGAACCAUCCCGCAUUUGCAGAAGGGAAGAGGCUGGCCACAAGCCCUAGUCAAUCAGAGUUGCAACAUGAUGACUUUUAUGCCUACGAUGAGGAUGGAACUAGAUUCUCCCAUGACGUGACCCCAAUUAUCCUUGCUGCCCACUGCCAUGAGUAUGAAAUUGUGCAUAUCCUGCUGAGGAAAGGAGCUCGGAUUGAGAGGCCUCAUGAUUAUUUCUGCAAAUGCAGUGAAUGCAACAAGAAGCAAAAGCAUGACUCUUUCAGCCAUUCUAGAUCCAGGAUCAAUGCUUACAAAGGUCUAGCAAGUCCAGCUUAUCUAUCUCUGUCAAGUGAGGACCCAGUCAUGACUGCCUUAGAACUCAGCAAUGAGUUGGCGGUGCUUGCAAACAUUGAGAAAGAAUUCAAGAACGAUUACAAAAAAUUGUCAAUGCAGUGCAAGGACUUUGUAGUUGGACUUCUUGAUUUGUGCAGAAACACAGAAGAAGUGGAAGCUAUCCUCAACGGAGAUGUUGAACUGAAUCAUGGGGAGCAUGGACGUCCAAGCCUGAGCCGCUUAAAACGGGCUAUAAAAUAUGAAGUCAAAAAAUUUGUUGCUCAUCCAAACUGCCAGCAGCAGCUUCUCUCAAUCUGGUACGAGAAUCUGUCGGGUUUACGACAACAGACUAUGGCAGUGAAGUUUUUAGUGGUUCUUGCUGUAGCUGUUGGAUUGCCAUUCCUUUCGGUGGCUUAUUGGAUUGCUCCAUGUAGUAAGUUGGGUAGAAUAAUGCGUGGACCCUUUAUGAAAUUUGUGGCACAUGCAGCCUCUUUCACCAUUUUCCUUGGGCUCCUAGUCAUGAAUGCAGCUGACAGAUUUGAUGGCAUCAAACUAAAGCCUAAUGAAACCAUGACAGAUAGUGCAAAGCAGCUGUUUCGAAUGAAAACAUCUUGCUUCUCCUGGAUGGAAAUGUUGAUCAUCUCAUGGGUAAUAGGUAUGAUAUGGGCUGAAUGUAAAGAAAUUUGGUCCCAAGGUCCCAAGGAAUACCUGUUUGAGUUGUGGAAUAUGCUAGAUUUUGGUAUGUUGGCUAUUUUUGCAGCCUCAUUCAUUGCAAGGUUCAUGGCUUUCUGGCAUGCUUCUAGAGCCCAGAAUAUUGUUGACGCUGAUACUGAAAUGAAGGACUUGUCAACUGCGACACUGGAUCCUAGCAUAAAGUACUACACUUUGGCAAGAAUAGACUGGGAUCCAUCUGACCCUCAAAUCAUAUCUGAAGGCCUGUAUGCAAUUGCUGUGGUUUUAAGUUUCUCACGAAUCGCCUAUAUUUUGCCAGCCAAUGAAAGCUUUGGACCCUUGCAGAUAUCACUUGGUAGAACUGUGAAAGACAUAUUCAAGUUCAUGGUCAUAUUUAUCAUGGUUUUUGUGGCCUUCAUGAUAGGAAUGUUUAAUCUCUAUUCCUAUUACUUGGGAGCAAAGCAGAAUGAAGCGUUUACUACAGUGGAAGAAAGCUUCAAGACUUUGUUCUGGGCAAUAUUUGGACUUUCUGAAGUCAAAUCUGUGGUCAUAAAUUAUAACCACAAAUUUAUUGAAAAUAUUGGUUAUGUCCUUUAUGGUGUUUAUAAUGUCACCAUGGUUAUUGUUUUGUUGAAUAUGCUUAUCGCAAUGAUUAAUAGUUCCUUCCAGGAAAUUGAGGAUGAUGCUGAUGUAGAAUGGAAGUUUGCAAGAGCGAAACUCUGGUUUUCUUAUUUUGAGGAAGGCAGAACACUUCCUGUCCCUUUCAAUCUGGUGCCCAGCCCCAAAUCUCUGCUGUACUUUUCCCUCAGAAUAAAGACGUGGAUUUUUAAACUACUGUUUUGCCAUAAGAAAGGUUUCCAGGAGGAUGCUGAGAUGAAUCAGAUGGAGCAUAAUAAGCUACCAAGUAUAAAAAGCACAGAUGAUAUCGACUUAAACAGCUCUAAUAAUCCACAGAGAAAGUAUCAGAAGAUCAUGAAACGUCUUAUUAAACGAUAUGUACUGAAAGCUCAAGUAGACAGAGAGAAUGAUGAAGUCAAUGAAGGUGAACUGAAAGAAAUUAAACAGGACAUCUCAAGCCUUCGUUAUGAGCUCCUUGAAGAAAAAUCACAGAACACAGAAGACCUGGCAGAACUUAUCAGAAAACUUGGAGAGAAACUGUGUAUUGAACCAAAGCAGGAACAAAGCAGCAGAUAACAUGAACUUCUUUCUCAAAAGAAAAAGAAGCAGAAAUUCUCCAAGCUGACAGACCCAAUGAAAGCCAUAUCAGUGUUACCUCCCCGUUGUUCUCCUUCAAACUUAAUUGACACUUUUACAGCAGAUACAAAAGCAGACUCAUCUUGAAUGGAUUUUUUUAUUACUAUUUGUAACGGGAAAAACAGCAUUUGACUGAGUUGUUCAAUCCCAUGCACCAAAGGAGAGAGAGAGAGAACCCUUCAAAAAUAAUCUUAAAAUUAAAAAAGACAUAAAACACAGUUUCAUAAACUGUAUGACUUUAACUGCUGGACUCUGUUAACAUCAAGUUUUUUUCACAUAUACAAUAUGUUCAAACGCAUAUAUCUUAUAUCUUAUUUGUAUCUGUAAUCAUAGUCCAUUAAAAUAAAGCGAGGUUACAAUAAAUUAGGUAGAAAUAGAGUUCUGGUCUUAAAAAAGAAAAGAAUUGGACCUCCUUUAACUAAACAGAUAGACAUACAAUUAAAUUGUCAAUUAACCAAAGAGAUGAAUUUCAUUGUCAGUAUAAAGGCUUAGGGUGGAUAAAAGAUAGGUUCAAAAGAAUACAUCUGGAAAUUGUUGUGUAACUCUAAAACUACUGUACUACAAUGCCACAUGUAUCACUAUAGUUAGUCCUCAACUUAUAACCAUAACUGAGCCUGGAAUUUCAGUCAUAGGUCAAGAUGGUCAUUAAGUGGGUCAUCACAUGAUUGUCCCUGAUUUUAUGACCUUUUUACAGUGGUUGUUAAGUGGAUGUUAAGUAAACAUUUUGAUUGUUAACUGAAUACUGCGAUUCUUAAGUAAAUCUUUGGUUUGCAAUGGGUGCUUUGUGGUGGGAACUAGAAGUAAACACCAGUUUCUGUUCAAAAAUGCCAUAAAUUGCAGUCACAUAACCACAGGAUACUGCAAACAACCAUAAAUGUGAUCAGUGUAGAAGCCAAAAUGCAAGUAUGUGACUGCAAGGAAGGAGGAAGUUCGAAUACAACUCAUGAAUACCUUUUAGAGGGUCUGACAUAACUUCAAAUGGCUGCUAAGUGCCGGUCAGUUGAGGACUACCUAUAUUGUAAUGUAAUUUUUCUAAGGAAUUUAAACAAAAGUAUUUUAACUAUCUUGGCCUAACAAAAAUGUCUUAAGAGACCUAGUUCUCCUCUUAGAAAAUUAUCAUAUAUGGCAUUGUUUGCAGAAUGGGCUAAACCAGUGGUUCUCAACCUUUUCUUCACCAUGGACCCCCCCUUUUAAAUACCUUUUGUGGUCACGUACCAUGGCCACGGACCUCCAAGACUUAUCUCAAGAUUUAAAUCAUAACAUUUCUUCCAGCCUUGGCAGAUCUCCUGUGACAACAUCAUGGCCUCUCAGGAGUCGGUGGACCACAGGUUGAGAAUCACUGGGCUAAACCAUACCAUGUAGAGAUACAAUAACCAUCUCACACACAAAAGUUUAUGUUAGCAAGU